UCCAACCCCACCAAGUCCCCAACACACAGCACCCAACACAGAGGGCGCGCGCACACCACGCCGCCUCCCCUCCCAGUCUCCCACCUCCGGCGGCGGCGACGAGCCAGAGAGAGAGAGAGGCCGGCCGGGGAGGAAGAGGAAGAAGGAGAUGAUGAUGCCCACGGGCGGCGAGUCCAGGUCCCCCGUGCGCGCGCUGCGGCGGCUGGCCGGCUCCCUCCUCGCCGCCGCGCGCCUCCGCGGCUCCUUCAGCGCCUCCAAAUGCAAGACGGAGGCGCGGAUGGCGGCGGCGCGGAUGAAGCUGCUGCGGAACCGCCGCGAGGCGCAGGUGCGCAAGAUGCGCGGGGACGUCGCCGCGCUGCUCCGCGACGGCCGCGAGGACACCGCCCGCAUCAGGGUCGAGCAUGUAAUUAGAGAACAAAACACUAUGGCGGCAAAUGAGAUUAUUGAACUUUUCUGCGAACUGAUUGUUACACGGCUUCCCAUCAUUGCCAAGCAGAAGGAAUGCCCAGCAGACCUGAAAGAAGGUAUCUGCAGUUUGAUAUUUGCAGCCCCAAGGUGCUCUGAACUCCCUGAACUCACUCGGAUGCGGGACCUUUUUGAAAAGAAGUACGGUAAAGAUUUCGUUGCUGCUGCAGUUGAUCUGCGCCCAAAUGCUGGUGUUAAUAACCUUCUGAUUGAGAAGCUGUCAGUCAAUAAGCCGUCUGGGCAAACUAAGCUGAAAGUUCUUAAGGAUAUAGCAAAGGAGCAUCAAAUCGAUUGGGACCCGAGCGAGGCUGAGCAGGAUCUUCUUAAACCUGCUGAAGAGCUGAUUCAAGGACCUAGUUCAUUUGGUGAAGCUUCCAAAAUGCCCGUCAAGACUACGAUGCUAUCAACAAAUUUUGUGCAACCCAGUCCAUCUAUUUACAGUUCUGGAUACGCUGAUGAGUAUGAUGAUAAUGUUGGGGGUGCCAUGCAAUUCAAGGAUGCAGCUUCAGCUGCUCGAGCAGCUGCGGAGUCUGCUGCGCAAGCAGCAUCUGCCGCUAAGGCUGCAGCCAGCCUUGCCAACCAGAACGCCCAUUCAUCCGAAGAAGAUGAUGAAGAUGACGAUGAUGAGGACUGGAAGACCACUCUUCACGAGUCCACUCAUUCUAGCAGGCGCCAAUCGAUGAUGAGCAACUCAAGCAGAACCUCCAGGAAAGAAAAUGCAUCCACCUUCGACGAAAUGAGGCUCCGUGGAAGCACAGGGAGGAGGUUAAGCGGGUCGAACCACAUGGAAGAAAAAGACUCGGACCUGCUGCAGGAUCUGGGUACUGGCAGGACGCGCAGAAGGAACAGCCGUGCUGCUAGCAAGGUGCACUCGGAGAUAAAGUUUGAUGAUUCGGAGGUGGAGGAUGGCAGCGACGCCGAGAUACAGUCCUCCCUUGAGAGGCGGCCUCCACGGAAGGACCGUUACCCAGGAAACGGUCAACACGAAGAGAAGGAAGCAGAAGACGACGAUGAUGACUUCCCUGAGCCGCCGAAGGCGAACCCCGGCUCCCGCGUUCAUCCGAACAUGCCCCUGGACUUCGAGACCCUGACGGCGCGCUUCGAGGCGCUGAGGUCAUCCGGGGGGAAGCUCCCUUAGCUCGCGCAGUGGAAUCAUGAUGUUGAAUCCUUUGCUGCGCCUAUACAAUGCCAGAACUACAUACUCCUAAGUUAUAUAUAGUACUACUUGUCUCGUGCGUUUGGUUUUGCAAGUGCUGGCUUGCCCCCAAACUAUUACAGUAUUACAUCUGUGUUGCUCCCAGGUAUAUAGGCUAUCUGAAGUUGUGAGGUGAAUGAGAGCGGAAACUUUUGUGA